ACUCUCUCAAAUGGCAAUUGUAAUUGUAAUUAUAAUUGUAGUUGUAGCUGAUAGAUGUUUUUCCAAUAAGAAAAAAGAAACCAAGCUGGUAGAUGCAAAGCAAAGGUAACAUAACACACAAAUAAAUACAUUUGGUUUAGGUUUACACAAACACAAUUCCCCAUCUCCCUCUCCUCCCAUUUUCCUUCCUUUCUAUAAAUUUCAUUUGGCAAAAGAAAAUUAAAAAAAAAAGAAACAAAGAAACAAAGAAGGGUAUUAAGGAUGGAUGGGGUGUGAGGCUUUCGGGUGAUUAAAAGCCCACAAAAAAGAGAGAGACUAAAAACUCAGCCUUGGAAAAAGCGCAAAAGAAGAAGAAGAAGAAGAAGAAGAAGAAGAAGAAGAAGAAGAAGAAGAAAUGUGGGAUCUGAACGAUUGGCCUGAUGUGAGGGAAGAGGAUGAAUGUUCCUCCGCUAAGACAUCGAUUGAAGGAGAAGGAGAAGAGGAGAAAGGGAAAAGAGUGGGAUCGGUUUCAAAUUCAAGUUCUUCGGCUGUGGUUAUGGAGGAGGAGGAAAUGGAAGUGGAAGGAUCCGAUGAGGAGGAACCCACGCCCACGCCCAUGGUCACUCGCCAGUUUUUCCCAAUGGAAGAAACUGAAGAAAUCCAACCUCCCCUUCAUCCUCCGACUACUAAUAAUACUUCUGCCGCCUUCCCUCGGGCUCACUGGGUUGGAGUCAAAUUUGGUCAUCCCGAUCCUCUUGCCCCUCCUAAUAAUUCUAUUAUUCCCACCGACCUCUCUCACCCCAUUAAGAAGAGCCGCCGCGGCCCAAGGUCCCGUAGCUCCCAGUACCGCGGCGUCACUUUCUACCGGAGAACCGGCCGUUGGGAGUCUCAUAUUUGGGACUGUGGAAAGCAAGUCUAUCUCGGUGGAUUCGAUACGGCACAUGCAGCUGCUCGUGCUUACGAUAGAGCGGCCAUUAAAUUCCGAGGAGUGGAAGCGGACAUAAACUUCAGCAUCGAAGAUUACGAGGACGAUUUAAAGCAGAUGGGAAAUUUAACGAAGGAGGAAUUUGUGCAUGUACUUCGCCGACAAAGCACUGGGUUCCCCAGAGGAAGCUCCAAGUAUAGAGGUGUAACACUUCACAAGUGUGGAAGAUGGGAGGCUCGAAUGGGCCAAUUUCUUGGCAAAAAGUAUGUCUAUUUGGGUUUGUUCGAUACGGAGAUUGAAGCCGCAAGGGCUUAUGAUAAAGCUGCAAUCAAAUGUAAUGGCAAAGAAGCUGUCACCAAUUUCGAUCCCAGCAUCUACGAGAAUGAACUCAAUCCGACGACUGAUUCAAGUAGCAAUUUGGCGGAUCAUAGUCUUGAUUUGAGUUUAGGAAAUUCAAGCUCAAAACAAAACGACAGCCCAAAUGGUUCCAUAGCUCCACACCAUUCUGAUUGGCAACGUAGUCAAGGAUUUAGACCUCUUCAGCUAAAUUUGGAAAAUGGAGGAAGUGGAAACAAAAACUACAACAAUUAUGUAGAGAGAAGAAAUAGAUACCUGGAGAGUGAAACCAUGCAGCUGCUGAGUCAAACGCACAUUCAAUCUCCAGCUUCAUUUGAAAUGCAAAGACACGGUCAAGCUCAAUUCAGCCGCCCGCAGACGGUUGGUGGUGCGGCAGAUCAGCCCCACUCCCAGAUAUUGCUUCACAAUCACAAUCACAAUCACAAUCCAACCUUCAACUAUCAAUUUUCAAGCAGCAGUAAUGGAGGCCGAAUAGUAGGAAAUGAUCUAUCACUAUCUUUAAAUGAUCAACUUCAAUCGGGGCCAUCUCAAGUUCUUACAACUGCUGCAGCAUCAUCAGGAUUCGCACCCCAGAUUAGACCUUCCAAAAAUUGGCUGCAGACAACUAUGCCAGCCGUUAUUCUUGGCUCUGUUACGAAAGAAAGUGGUAGACUCCCCUAAUGAGGGAUUUUAGGAGAAGACUGUGGUUCUCCUUUCUCUCCUCCACCCAUUCUCAUCACUCUGCAGAUAUUUCCAGAUUGCGAGACAUAAUGUUCUCUUCGACAUUGGAAUCGAUUUCUGCCAUUUUCAGAAAGUGAACACCGUCCUUCCCCUUCUCACAAUGUUUCCGAACUUGAUUAGACAAUGGCUUUCAUUGUCUCAUGAGACCAUCUUGACAUCUAAACAUAAUUUUUCCUCCUAUUUCCCCAUCAACAAACUUCUCCCCUCCCAAAAAGAGAGAAAAAAAAAAAAAAUCAUGAAAGCUUAAUUUUGUUACUUUUGUUUUUCUCUCUCUCCAUUUCCCGAUGAGAAUUUAGAAAGAAAGGAAAAAUGAAGUCCCCCCAAAAAGAAAAAAAGUUAGUAAAAAUUGAAGGUAAUGGAUGGAGAAAAAGCUAUUUUUUUUUUUUUUUUUAUAUAAUAUUUUUUAAAUUCUGACCGAGGAUUCAUUGUGUGCAUUAGCAGCAAUUCCCAAUUCCUUAGACAUUUGCUUUGUUUUGUCUACCUACGCGCUCUAUAUUUACCCUAUAUUUGAACUCUCUUUUUGAGUAAUACAAAUAAAUAUUUGUUAGAAAAAAGCGGCAA